GCGCAGAAGAAGAAGAUUUUGUUGUGGGCGACAGCAGCGACUAUUGCUGAAAAUAAUUACCUGUUAGCAUCUAAUUGCAAUCAAAUCAAACCCUAAACAACAGCAAUCAUGGCGAAAAUGGCAUUUCAGCACCAGGCAGGCACUGCUAUGGAGUGUUUGAGUAUUCCCAUAACGCUGCACAAGGAGAAGGACUACGACCAGGAGGGACGUGAGAUACUCAAGUGUGGCUUCAAAAUCGGUGGCGGCAUCGAUCAGGACUACAAAAAGAGUCCACAGGGCUACACGGACUACGGCAUAUACGUUACGGAGGUGCACGAGGGAAGUCCUGCAGCGCGGGCAGGACUGCGCAUCCACGACAAAAUACUCCAGUGCAAUGGCUACGACUUUACAAUGGUCACACAUAAAAAGGCAGUCAGCUACAUCAGGAAAAACCCAAUCCUGAAUAUGCUGGUGGCACGCAAGGGCGUCACAUCCACAUAAGUGAAAACUGGAGCCUAACGUAAUACAGCAAGCAGUAUUUAAGCGGCAUAUAAAACUAUCUACUUCAUUUGCCAGUCGUCUGUGCUAAGGAUCUCUACGCUCUUUUGGAAACUAUCCGAAAUACUUAGAUAUACACUAAACAUAUGCUAUAUCCAACCUAUCAAGUAUGUAGGUACAUACUCUAUGCAUAUCGCACAAACAUAGAUACACAUAUACCCAAAUGUAAGCCGUAAAUGUAGCCAACUAGCAACGCUUCUUGUUAAAUUCAAUUACUUUGCCUUGGUUUUAAGUAGCCUGUGAGGUGGCGCCUGCCGCCUGCCUGUCAGUGUUGUGUUAUGUCCAUUUGUGUGCUGCUCAUCAGCUGCCUGAUCGAACUGCCAAUAGAACACAUUGCCAAAUACCGAAUACAAAACGAAAUAGAAGCGUAAACAUAAACAAAAAGCCUAAACAUACUCUUAGACAUGCCACCAGAUUUGAUAUAAACAAUUUUUGUACUUUUAUACGCUACCCCAGCAGCAGCAGCAUUCCAAAAACAGAAAACUGAAACUCAAAAACAAAAACUAACGCAAAGUUGUUGAAACAUACAUAAAUAGUACAUACUUGUGAUAAAUAAGCCCGUUAACUGUGCAGAG